UUUAUAUUAUGUAAGGCUUCUUUAUGAUAAAUUAUGCUUUUAAGUGAAACUAAGCACGUACAAAUAUAGGAAGAAAAAACUAAAUGGAGUAAAAUUUAAAUAGAAGCAGGUUUUGUUGCACAGUCCCCAUCUAAGCUCAACUGACCUCUAGUCAAUUUCUAGCUGUUUUUACUCUAUUUCCUGAAUUGCAACAUUUUUCCCCUCAUUCUGUAUUUCCUAUUUCCUUAUUAUUUCUCAAAGUACUUAGAACAUUCGUGUUAUCUUAUCCUUGCCAUGAGAAUGAGCCUAAGCUUCAUAAUGCUUUUCCAGCAAGUGAAUGCCUUGGAAAUCACCCCAGACCGCAGUAUGAUUGCAGCAGCUGGGUACCAGCAUAUCCGAAUGUAUGACUUGAAUUCUAACAACCCGAACCCAGUCAUCAACUAUGAUGGAGUCAGCAAAAACAUCACCUCAGUGGGAUUCCACGAAGAUGGGCGCUGGAUGUAUACUGGCGGGGAGGACUGCAUGGCGCGAAUCUGGGACCUGAGGUCACGUAACCUGCAGUGUCAGAGAAUCUUCCAGGUCAAUGCUCCUAUUAAUUGUGUCUGCCUGCAUCCCAAUCAGGCAGAACUGAUAGUUGGUGAUCAGAGUGGUGCCAUUCACAUCUGGGAUCUGAAAACUGACCACAACGAGCAGCUGAUUCCAGAGCCAGAUGUUUCAGUCAAUGCAGUACACAUCGAUCCAGAUGCGAGUUACAUGGCAGCUAUCAAUAGUUCAGGUAAUUGUUAUGUGUGGAACCUGACAGGUGGAAUUGGUGAUGAUGUCACUCAGCUCAUUCCCAAGACCAAGAUCCCAGCUCACAAACGAUAUGCUCUCCGCUGCAAAUUCAGCCCUGAUUCCACACUUCUUGCUACAUGCUCAGCUGACCAGACCUGUAAAAUAUGGAGGACUUCAAAUUUUUCGCUGAUGACAGAGCUUAGCAUCAAGAGCAACAAUCCAGGAGAGACAUCACGAGGCUGGAUGUGGGACUGUGCAUUCUCUGGGGAUUCACAAUAUAUUGUCACAGCCUCUUCAGAUAACCUUGCGCGCCUGUGGUGUGUGGAGACAGGUGAAAUUAAACGAGAGUACAGUGGCCAUCAGAAGGCAGUCGUGUGCCUGGCCUUUAAUGACAGCGUUCUGGGCUGAAGAUUUCCAAAAAAAAGCUUAUUUCCCAGCUCACCUCCAUCCCUGUCUUUGCCCCAUUCCCUUUUCCAUUCCAAGCUAUUUUUUAAAUGAACUCCCAGUUGAAGUUUUUCAUUGGAAGUCUCUGUGAGAUCAGUCUAAGUUGCUGAAUGCUGGAACAUUUGUGGUUGCAUCUUUGGCAGGCUCACCAUCACAUGACCUGUGAGGCAGUUAUUAAUAGCCCAAGAAGCAUCAGUUCUGACACCAAGGUUUCAAUAAAGUUAGCGACGGAUGAGUGAACCCUUCACACAGUAUCUACCUGAAUGGUGAAGAAGUGUCCAGCAGCACAAUUCUAGAUACUAUUCUUCCAAACCUAGACAGUCAGAUGUAUAUUGUGAACUUUCUAAUACUGGAAGUAUUGGUAAGUACAAGUCUAUUAUUGGUGACAACAGUGUGAGUAUUUUUGAAGGUACAAAUUAAGGAUAUCUUGUGCAAUGUUAAAGCAUAAGUUCUCUGUUGUUACUUCCUUCUGUGUAGUAGUUCUGAUAGAAGCUGAUCAAAAAUUCUAGAACUCCAGCAUGAACAGGUUUGCUUUUACUCCUACUUGUUGUGGGAGCCUGAAUGGAAGCUGUUUGAUUUGCAGGAAGUGGGCAUACCUGGUGCCAGUAGCAUAAUCAUUGAACAUUUUGUGCACUGAGACAAUAUAGGCCAAUGAGUUUACAGUGCAAUCAUUGAAUGCCCUAAACAUUAACCUGAUGCUGAGUAAGAUCAUUAAAAUUAUAGACAAAUAAAAAUUAUUUCUACACCUGA